ACGUCCGAAAUUUCAGGUGAGAUGUUUAUCUGAUACUUCCAGUUGAGGAGAAAGUUUGCUUCAAAUUAAAGUGUGUGACAGGUUGAAUUGUAUUGGAUCGACUUAUCGAAGGAAUAUUUGCAAGUGAGCUCGUUCACUUCUCUUGUAUUCAAAAGUGAUCAUUGUAAGCCCACUCCCUGAAGUGUUUUCCAGAGACAUAUUUUUAAACCCUUAGUUAGUUCUUCUCCUGAAUCAAACAGUAUUUCAUUGCAUUAUUACUGUAAAAUUAGCUUUGAAACACAUACGAAAUUUUGAAAACUUUCCCAAUCACCACCGACGAAAUGAAGGGUCGAGCCACGUGGGAUGUUCGCGCGACCAACUUCGCGAAGAAGACUUUCAACCCUAUCAGGGACAUCGUAGAAAACAUGAACAUCACUCCGCAUCCCGAUAAGCCCAUGAUAGCGCUAUCUAUUGGCGACCCAACAGUAUUCGGCAACUUGCGGCCUGCAGAAUCUGUGGUGGACGCCGUCGUGGACAGCGUCAGGAGUGGCAAGAACAAUGGAUAUGUUCCUGCUACUGGCACACUGCAAGCGCGCCAGGCAAUAGCGGAAUACAUGACCUGCCCAGGCGCUCCUGUCGAGGCCAAAGAUGUGAUUAUAUGCUCCGGUUGCAGUUGCUCUCUGGACCUUUGCGUCAGCGUUUUAUGUUCCCCAGGGAGCUCGAUCUUAGUCCCCAGGCCUGGAUUUCCACUCUACACAACAUUAGCCGAAGGAUUCGGCUGCACUUCCAAAUAUUAUAAUUUGCUGCCCGAGAAAAACUGGCAAGUUGACUUAGUUCACUUGGAAAGCCUCGUGGACGACACCACGGUCGCCAUCGUCAUCAACAACCCCAGCAACCCUUGCGGCUCUGUCUUCCCUAAGUCUCACUUGAGGGCGAUCGCUGAUAUCGCAGUCAAGUACAAGAUCCCGAUCAUCGCAGACGAAAUAUACGACAAUUUUGUAUUCGAGGGAGAAGAAUAUCACCCAAUAGCCUCGGUGCACCCCGAGCUGCCGGUGCUGGCGUGUGGAGGUCUGACCAAAAGGUUCCUAGUGCCGGGCUGGCGUAUGGGGUGGAUUGCGGUGCACGAUAGGAACGGAGCCAUGCAAGAGGUUUUGGGAUGCUUGCGGACACUGAGCCAGCGAAUCAUCGGAAGCAAUACAAUUGUGCAAGGCGCUCUACCAGACAUCCUCAGCAAAACACCACAGUCUUUCUUCGACGACACGCUCAAACAAAUACAGGUGAACGCAAGGUAUUGCUACGAGUCGGUGCAGAAAAUGCCAGGAUUAACGCCUAUUCUCCCACAAGGCGCCAUGUACAUGAUGGUCAGGAUCAACAUGGACGAGUUCCCAGAAUUCGCGACUGACCUCGAGUUUGUGGAGGCGAUGGUUGCCGAGGAAUCUGUCUUCUGCCUACCGGGGAAGUGCUUCAAUAUCAAGAACUUCUUCCGCAUCGUGCUGACCGUGCCUGAGGAGACCAUGAAAGUGGCUUGCCAGAGGAUGACAUCUUUCUGCAUUGCCCAUCACACAGGACAAAAACAAACUAAAAUUCACGAAGAUUCAAUCUCAAAUAGCAUACAAACUGAGGAACCCACAAUCAACGAGAUUGACGAAUCGCCGAAAACCAACGGGAAUAGCGCAAACGGCUACCACAUUAACGGGAAAACCAACGGGAUGCAUGAACCGACUCAUCGACGAAUAAAUGAACUUGACGUGGAACCGAGCGUAAAGAACCCGACUGGCAUGAACGAAAAACUUCGUUCAUGCGAAGACGCUAACGUGGACGACUUAGUUGACGACAUGGAGUGCGAUUAGUGGGUAAAAACAUGAACAGGAUUUCUGCUAUCGACCCCUGAAUACUCCAUUAGCCAUUUUCAUUGGUGAAUUUAGUGCUUGAAUCGUUAAUUGCUUAAGAGGGAGAGGAUUGAAGUGAUGAAAUCCAAUAUGGCGAAUAGGAACUAAUUUGCUUCAGCCGAAGAUCAAAACGCAAUAUGUGAUAAAUUUCCGGUCAUAAGUUACGAUGAUUAGACUUAGAGGGGCAUAUAUUAUCACUAUAAUAGCAGGUCAAUCAUUAGAUAAACUAUUUUACUUUAGAGAAGAGUUUCUUGCAGGAGGUGAGCAUACUAGGAAACAAGCUAAGCUGUUCAAUGUAACACACGUCUCGAGAUAAAAAAUAAUAAAGCUUAUAGAUAUUAAAGAAAAAGAAUGACGAGAUUAAGUGAACUAAUUAGCAUAAUGUAAGAGAUAUGUUAGAAAUAAAAUGUCAAUUCGGUUCACGAAUAAGCGAAAACAAUUUUUUUGCUCAAUCUUAUAGAUUGUACGAGGACACGAUAAGAGAGGUUGAGUCUAAGAUUCUAUUUGAUGCCGUAUGUGGAGCAAAUUAAAGAAAUUGUACUGCUAUAUUGCUACAAACUUACUCUAUUCUAAGUAUAACCGAGUGAAGUUCGGAAUAGUUAUUUGAACAGAGUCAAGUUCGGCAUACAAAUUACCCUAUGAAGAACAUAUGAACAGAAUAAUUUUCGGCGUCUAUAAGUUGGACGACUGAUUCGUAGUGACGUAGGAGUUAGGACUGAUGCAUGGUUUAACUAGUAUAAGGUUGACCCAUAAGAAGCUCAUUCUCGCGGAUGGAGUUUGUUGUUUUGCGGGUGACGUCACUGAUCUCAGUGACGUCACGGGCAUUAACCAAUCACCGAAAUG